CACACACCCCUCCCUCCCAGCGCCUUCUCUCAACUUGGUAGUUGGGCUGGUUUCUGGGGCCAUGGCGCUGUCGCGCGCUGAGCGCUGCGUUGUGCUGGUGCUGCGCUUUCUGUCGCGCGCCGUCCUCGCGCUGCUCAGCCUCGGGGCACGCGCCUCAUCCUUCGCCUUCCCAGGGGGGGCGGCGGCAACGGCAACGGCGGCUCCCGCUGCUGCCCCCCGCAGAGCCCGCGCCGUCCCGCCGCCUGACCAACCGCUGCUGCUCCUCUCCGCGGUGGAGCUGGCGCGGCGCAUCCGCCGCAGGGAGGUGAAAUGCAUUGAUGUCCUUGAAGCAUACAUUGGGAGGAUCAAGCAAGUCAAUCCACUGAUCAAUGCCCUUGUCAAAGACAGGUUCGAGGCGGCCUUUCAGGAGGCACAUCAGGUCGACAAGCUGCUUUCUGAGGGGCAUGAUGAUGAAGAGUCACUGCAGGAAAAGUUCCCCUUCCUGGGGGUUCCUAUUACCAUCAAAGAAUCCUUUGCACUGCAUGGGUUGCCCAACGCCUCUGGAUUGGUUAGCCGUCGCAACAUCAUCUCCACGUCUGAUGCCACAGUAGUCUCAUGGGUAAAGCGAGCAGGCACCAUCCCACUAGGGGUGACCAAUUGUAGCGAGCUGUGCAUGUGGUUUGAGUCAAGCAACCGGAUCUACGGCCGGACCAACAACCCAUAUGACUUAGAGCGCAUAGUAGGAGGCAGCUCGGGAGGAGAAGGCUGCAUCCUGGCAGCUGCUGGCUCCGUGAUUGGCCUGGGCGCAGACAUUGGGGGCAGCAUCCGUAUGCCUGCUUUCUUCAAUGGGAUCUUUGGACACAAGCCCACCCCAGAUGUGGUUCCCAAUGACGGCCAAUUCCCUAAUGCUGUGGGUAUUCGGACAAAGUUCCUGUGCACCGGCCCAAUGUGCCGUUAUGCGGAGGACCUGGAACCUUUGUUGAGGGUCAUGGCUGGACCAAGCAUCACAAAGUUGAAGCUGGAUGAAAAGGUAUCCCUGGAGAAUGUAAAAUUCUACUUCAUGGAGCAUGAUGGAGGCUCGAUCUUUGUUUCCCCGGUGAACAAAGAGAUUCUCCAGGCUCAUCGGAAUGUGGUAAAGCACCUGGAGGCUGACUUAGGGAUUCAAGUUCAGCACGUGACCAUUCACAAAAUGAAAUAUUCCUUCCAGAUCUGGUCUGUUAUGAUGUCUUACAAGGACAGCGAUGGGCAGGAAACUGAAACAUUCACAGAUCUGCUUGGUGAUCAUGGAAAGCCAGUGUGGCCAUCAUGGGAGCUGGUGAAAUGGAUGAUUGGGAAGUCUACACAUACUCUCCCAGCCAUUGCACUAGGAUUAACUGAGAAGUUUGUGAAAUACAGACCCAAGGGGAAUGCUAAGCUAGCAAGCAUGGCACAGAGUCUGAAGACCGAGAUAGAGGAUUUACUGGGAAAUGAUGGUGUCCUCCUAUACCCUUCCCACCCUGUAGUUGCUCCCAAACACCACACUCCCCUGGGGAUGCCUUUCAAUUUUGCCUACACGGCCAUUUUCAACAUACUGGGCUUACCGGUGACCCAGUGCCCACUGGGCUUGAACAAGGAAGGCCUCCCACUGGGUGUCCAGGUGGUGGCGAGACCCUACAAUGACCACUUGACUCUGGCCGUGGCGCGAUAUUUGGAGAAGGCAUUUGGAGGCUGGGUUCUGCCUGGUACAUCAUAGCAUGACUUGCUUGGGCCCUGCUGACAGCAGAAAUAUGAAGACCAUCCAGUCUGUGAAAUCCAGCAUCGGGCAACUGCAUCUGAAACUGGGAGAGCUGUGAUGCCACGUACACCCCUGCUUGCAACCGAAGGGAACUUAGAUGGCACAACUCAUCCACCUUAGGUAUCCUCUCCCAUGAGGCCAAAGGUGACAUGGUGGAAGCCCAGCUGCAUCUUUCAUUUUCUCCCUUUCCCAUUACAAAGUGACUUGAGAAGCUUAGGCAGGAGGACAUUCUCUGCUUUCUCAGGGAAAUCAGGGCUUUGGGGUUGGGGGGCUGUGUCUGGGGACAAUCGCAUUCUGUGAUGUGGGAGAGGGUAGUCUGUUCAUUUGUCUUGACUGAGGGAUUGGCAAAACAGGGCUUCAAGUCCCCUACUUCCGUUAUUUUUUUCUGCUUUUGAGACCAGACCAGACCAGACCAAGGACAUCAUAGAGCUGUGCUGGAGAUUAAUUCCCCUACAAAAAAAGUCUUUGGGAGACUGGGGUCCCCAUCUUGGAUAGAACACUGAGAACAGUGCUGGACAAGGAGCUCUCUUGUAACCUUGCCUUUUCAUGGACUCCUGCUUAAGUUGGGCUUGGCAUUUCCUCUUAUGGUGGGAGAUGCAUAGGGCAGCUAUUACAUCUCUUGGAAGGCACAUUUUAAUACAUCUGGGACCACUUCGUUUGAGGCAUGAUGGAUCAAGUGCAUGUACACACAUACACACGCACAUACACACACUCCUCUUCUGAUCCUAUGGGACAGCGUCUUGUAGCUGUGAGGUCCAAGUCCUGCUUUGUUAUUGGUGGAAGCCUUUUUUUAUUGUGACGCUGUUGAUUGAUCAUUACUAUAUUCCACACAGGCCUCUUGAUCUGGUGCAUUGAAAAACAAUGGGCUGUCAACCAGUUGUCGUGGGCCAAAUAAAAAUGAAACGUGUCGUUGCACUUAGAGAAUAUAAUGUAUUAUCCAA